CUCGACCGUAGGGGCGUGGUCAUACCUAAGCAGUUAUGCGCACGACGCUUUUCUCUCUGCUCAUAUUAGCGCUUCUCGGAUUCGCCUACUCACAUCCGCAACUUCAUUUUGAAGAUCCCAUCUCUUAUCGACUUUUCGAUCGACCACGUCGGAAUCUCAAUCUGUUCACAAAACUCCACAGAAUUCGUGAAGGAGCGAAACGAUUCGACCCACUUUACGGAGUCAUUGAUUACGUAUAAGAACAGAUUCAAGAAAUCUCAGUAACUUGAAAUAUAUGGGUUAUAGUCAUAAAUAACAGUAAUGGUAAUAUAAAUCGUUCUUACACUG